AUGACCGAGUGUGAUGCACGUGGAUGUCAUAUGGUCGGUUACUUUUCAAAGGAGAAAGAUUCACCGGACGGCUACAAUCUCGCGUGUAUCCUAACGCUACCUCCAUUCCAACGUAAAGGUUUCGGUAAACUGUUGAUUUCAUUCUCCUAUGAGCUCUCAAAGAAAGAGCAUAAAAUAGGUGCACCCGAGAAGCCACUAUCCGACUUGGGUCUGUUGAGUUUCAGAUCGUAUUGGACACAAGUACUCUUGGAGAUUCUACGUAAACAUAAAGGAAAUCUAUCUAUUCUUGAUAUAUCAAAUAUGACAUCAAUAAGAACUGAAGAUAUUAUUAGUACAUUACAAUCACUCAAUUUAAUUAGAUAUUGGAAAGGUCAACAUAUUAUCUCUGUUACACCGAAGGCUAUAGAAGAACAUUUAAAGAUAUAUGCAAAGCAAUCAUCUAGAAUCGAUCCUAAAUGUAUACAUUGGGCACCGAUGAACCCUUUACCAAACAAAAAGAGAUAA